AUGUCGCAUUCAACUGUGAAUAACAACGACGUCGCAGUUCCUCCGAGUGCUUCUGCUGUAGGAAUGCUGGACGAAAGUGAUGCGGAAGCUGUUGCUGCUCACAAACUAGCUCUUUUGAGAAAGGAACAGGAAAGAAGUCGUUGGCUCAACAGUCCUAAUGCGUAUCAAAAGGUGGAGAUUCUCGAAACUGGGACUGAUAAUCCCAAGAAAAUCACAAAGUGGGUACAAGAUGCUACAUCCCCAUCAGCCAGUGGAACUCCUGUCAAGAUAAACAUGCCUCACCACUUUAGUCCGAUGUCGAGCAACCCAAAAGAGUUCAAAGACAAGCAGCGGGCUAUAAAGGAGAGUGGGAGACUAGGAACAACCACUGCUGGCCCACAGAGCCAAAUACUCGACGGAGUUACGUACGAAGAGAUAGCUAAAAUGCGGGUAAGCUUGCCUGAUGUUGAUGGCAUUGUUGGUCAGACAGAUAGGACAGUUCUUAUUGGUACGGCUAGUAAGGGAAUCAUUGACAGGCAGCAUCAGCACAAUGCUCAGGUCUAUCGUCAACUCUAUGCUCCCAACCCAUUUGCUUGCGAAACUGAUGAGGACAUCAAGAAGUACAUGGAGGAGGUGCGAAAUUUUUCGCUUUUUUCUCCAGUCCCCUGGACAGUCAAAGUGUUAUUUACUCACUUUUUCACAGUUACUAGUUCCACAGUUUCUUCGUCCCCAAGUAUUGAGUGA